AUGAGUCAGGGACAGCCACGAAGACCUGUAGCUGAUCAGUACAUGGAACAAGAGCCGAUCAGAUACGGUGACGUUUUUAGUGUGACGGGUGAACUAGCGACCGAGGUAAUUCCACCCCGAGAUGCAGCGACCAUGCAAGCUGCCGAGAAUAUUGCCUUGGGCCAAACUCAGAGAGGCGGUCCUGCUGCUGUCAUGCAAUCAGCUGCUGACCUGAACGAGGAAGCUGGUUUUGUAAGUCACCAAGAAUCCACCACCUCCAUCAGAGCCGGAGGCGUCAACAUUCGUGAGUCGGUCGUUGACGGUAAACGCAUCGUCACCGAGUAUGUCGACGGACAGGUUGUGGGCCAGUAUAUAGCCCCAGAGGUGCCUAUGAAGUCUCCAAUAACGGCGACUAAUCGGGAGGCGAUAACAAUCGGUGAGGCUCUAGAGGCGACUGCUCUUUCAGGUGCAGGAGAUAAGCCUGUGGACCGAACCGACGCGGCAGCGAUAAUGGCGGCGGAGAUGAGAGCUACCGGCGGGAGCGAGGUUCCGCCAGGCGGGGUUGGAUCUGCUGCGCAGUCGGCGGCCGUUCGUAAUGAACGAACAAUGGUAGAUGAGGAGAAGAUUACACUCUCCGAUGUUCUUGCGCAUGUAACUGAGAAGAUGGAAGGAGAUAAGGUGGUGACGCGUGUAGACGCAGAAGGGGUGAUUGGAGCGGAGCUGAGGAAUGAUCCAGAUAUGGUAACAACUCCUGGUGGGGUGGCGGAGAUGGUGGCCGCCGCUGCGUCAGUGAACCAGAACCGACUCCGCACCAUGAGCUUCUAG